GGGACCCGCGAAUGAAAACCACAUUCAAGAUGUCGGCUUCCGGUUUGCCCCGCAGCGUCGCGCGUGGCCAUCGGGGCCACGCCCACUUCCGGUCCCUUUGCCACGGCAUGGCUGCGUUGGGGUCUUGGCUGUCCAUAGGUGUCCGGAGGUUGCACUGCAGCGCAGCGGCUCGGGCCGGCGGCCAGUGGCGACUUCAACAGGGACUGGCUGCCAACCCUUCCGGCUAUGGGCCCCUCACGGAGCUUCCUGACUGGUCUUUCGCCGAUGGCCGUCCUGCUCCCCCAAUGAAAGGCCAACUUCGAAGAAAAGCUCAAAGGGAGAAGCUUGCAAGACGAGUUGUACUGCUGACACAGGAAAUGGAUGCUGGAUUACAGGCAUGGAAGCUCAGGCAGCAGAAGUUGGAGGAAGAAAGGAAGCAGGAACAUGGUCUUAAACCCAAGGGGAUUUCACUGAGAAGUCCACUUCCACGUCAAUAAAAAACAACUCCAUUCACACUU